AUGAGGACGUAUGAGGUGGAUGAGGACGUAUUUCCAGAACUUGCAAAAGUCCAAGAAGUUUGUUUUGUCAUCUACACUGAUGAUGAGUUUACUUUUCUGCACCAAGGCAGUGAAGGACCCUCCUCCCCAAGUCUUACAGAUACAUUGUCUAUCUCAACCUCAAGCAGUCAAAGCGACACAAGUGAUGCUGGAUGCCAAAUAAUUCAACCGACAGUAGAGCAAAUUCUCACUUCCAAGCCAGCAGGAAUGACUGUGAUCAAGGAGUAUGAAGAGACUGGGAGUUUGAAAGAUUCCACCAGGCGAUUAAUGGUGAACAUCAUUGUAGCCCACAUGCAUGAAAAGGAAGGGAGAGCUGUAAGUAAAGCAACAAAAGAGUUUCAUGCCCUUGGGAUUGUGUCACUCUUCCCAUCCUUGAAGGAUCCAUAUUCAAAAAAGGGAUAUAUUUUGCAAGACUUCUUGUUGAUGUUUGGAGCAGAGACUGCUUCCCGGUUCCUGGAAAAAUGGAACACCAGUUUUAAAGACAAGGUCAUCCAAGAGGCCAGGACCCUCAGGGAGACAUUGGGACAGCGACAUGGCCUCUCUCUUUGUCUUGCUGCAUCUUCUGCAACAGAUCAUCUGGUGAAAUUUCACAAGUCCUGCCAGAGUUUGGAAGAUCACCUCAUGACCAUUGAAGGAAACCCCCAGCCGUAUUUUCUGGCCACAGGGACUUCAAAAGCACAGGUUUUCAGCUUCUACAUAGUGUUGGACAGAAAGCUUCUUCCAUGUCAGUCAAGUACAUCCUUGGGUGCAUUUGUUGAGCUGUUCAAGUCCCACUUUGUUUUCAGUGUGAAAUAUGACGAUGCUCUAUCCAGCCUAUACACAUUUUUGCAGACUACUUUGUACAAUAUUGAUAUUGGCACAACAGAAGAAACACCAAAAGUCAAAGAGUUGAGAGCAAAGCUAUUGAACAAGCAGUAA